UUCUUUUCAGAUGGGACACUUUUAUUUGUGUCUCUGUGUUUGAGCUGGCAGCUUUCAGAAGAAGGGCUGUCGCUGCCGGACAUCCAGAGCGACUCAGAAGCAACCUGGCGCUUCACUUAUCAACGAGAAAGAAUUUCUGGAGGACUAACCCGGAGAAAAUACCUGCCUGUCACCGGAGAGGAUGAGGGAAAACCUUGGGACUGAUCCUGAGGGACCCGUCUGAUGGGGAGGACAACCUGAGAGGGAUGUAAACACGGAUUAUCGAUCUCUAGUCAGGAGUGUUUUCACCAUGAUGAGCCAGAUCUCCCUCCUGCUGACUCACCUGCUCUUCCUCCCCCUCACCCUCUGCCUCCUGCACCCCCCGCCCGUCCACAUCCCCACGCUCGUCCCUCACGUACCGACGCCUCUCCUCCGCUCUCACUUCAGCGCUCACACUCAGCUGGACUUCAUCACUCACUGCAACUCCAGCUGCUUCCACAGAGGAGAGCAGGAGGGCCAGAAGGAGCAGCUCUCUGAGAAACUGGCCUUUGAGACGCUGUACGCAGACGGCUCCCGCACCCUCACCACUGUGGAUGUGGAGGGUGAUGAUGAGGAGUUUGAGGGUAAUCCCUUCACUCAAACUCCAAGAACAAGAGCAAGAGUGAAGCCCAGGCACAAACGUGUGAGGCGGCAGAUCUACGGAGCCGACGGACGUUUCAACAUCCAAGGGGACAACUUCCUGUUGGAUUACCCUUUCUCCACAGCCGUGCGGAUCUCCACCGGCUGCACCGGCGUCCUCGUGUCUCAGCAGCACGUCCUCACUGCUGCACACUGUGUGCAUGAUGGGAAGGAUUAUGUCAAGGGGGCGCGAAAGCUCAGGGUGGGAUUCCUGUUACCUCCAAACAUCAAUGGCAGCAAAGUCACGUCCUCCAAGAGGCCUCUGGUGCGCUGGGUGAGGGUGAAGCGCACCCGUGUGCCAAAGGGCUGGAUCCAAGGUCCUCAGGAGGUCAGCAUGGACUUUGACUAUGCUCUGCUGGAGCUGCGUUGGCCUCACCGACGGCCCUUCAUGCGCCUCUCGGUGGCCCCCGACUCUGACGACCUGGCAGGGCACCGCAUCCACUUCUCUGGCUUCGACAGUGACAGAUCUGGGCAGCUGGUGUACAGAUUCUGUCCCGUGGAACAGGAGUCCAGCGACCUGAUAUACCAGCACUGUGACGCCCGACCGGGGGCCAGCGGGUCGGGAGUUUAUGGGAGAGUGUGGGACAACAGUUUAGAGCGGUGGGAGAGGAAGGUCAUCGGCAUCUUCUCCGGACACCAGUGGCUGGAGAUAGAUGGGGAGAGCCGGGAUUACAAUGUGGCCGUGCGCAUCACUCCUCUGAAGUUUGCUCAGAUCUGUUACUGGGUGCACGGUAACAGAUUAGACUGUGCCCAGGACUAAAGAACGUUUUGACAGAAUAGCAUGAAAAACUCCGAAAAGCACAACAUAUACAGGGUGAAAGGGUUUAUUUUGCCUGAAGAAAAAAAGAGUGAAAUAGGACAAUGUGUACAUUUCUGCCGCUAGAGGGUCUCUCAAUUAAAAACAAUAGCAUAAGACAGAGUUUGGUGUCAUCGUGAAGUAGUGUGGGAUGGGAGUUGAUAUCUUAAACAGCAUUGCCGUCUUUGCGUUAGCUUCUUCCAGUGAGGAUUCCUUCAUUUUUCAUGGUUGAGUAGUUUUUUACCAGGAGCAGAAUAACCCACAGUGGUCUCCAUCUCUCCAAAACUAACAGGCUUGGUCAUUAAAACCAGUAAAAGUACUUAAUAAAUCUAAAAAUCAUUGUUUCUCAAACGCUGCUUGGCUGCUACUAACGUUUGAUCAGCUUGUUUAUCAUAUCAUUUUAUGUCCUCCUAAGGUCCGAAGACUAAAAACCUUCAUCUAGUCAAAAUAUAUUGUUGAAAAUGACAGAUAAGUUAAAGGUGUAAAGUUGUUAUAUGUGGUUUAAAACUCGAUGAAAAGUGAAUUUAGGAUUUAUUUAUUUAUUCUGGCAAACCACUAGAAGCUGACGCAUGCACACAGGUGGUAUGAAACCGUUACCUUGAUUCAAAUGACAGAUUUCUCUAGGUUUGAAAAGUGUUGGAAAUAUAAGAACACAACUCAACAAAACAUGUAACACAGGUUUAGUCAUAUAAAGAGAUUUGAAUGUGGAGAUCUUAUGUAUCACACCAUUAAAUCCAUACAGACUUUACGUUUGGAUCGCCUCCAUCCAGUUAUUUCCCUCCUCUAUUUAAUUUGCCCCGUGUAACCUCCGGGUCUAUUAAACUAAUCUGCCUUUGAGAUCACCACUACGGCAUCUUUUCAUAUGUCUUCACCCACACUCAGAUUAAUAACAGUCAGGGUUUCCACAGUAUUAACACAAGCCACUUUUUAUAAGAGGAAAAAAAAACACUUUUCCUGGCAUGGCGGUGUGUCAGUAGCACAGGAUUACUCUCCUACUGUGGAUGAUCUAAUCUACUGACAUUUGACUUUAAAUCUUUCCUGCUCUCUGUUUUGACUUUGGGGAAAUUGUAUUAGCAUGUUAAAAGCUCUUUAAGGAUAAUUUGGUUUAUCCCUUUGGUCUGCAUAGUACAUACACACUUAACAUUAUACACAUAGAAUAAAAGUCAAAACUUCAGUGAUGCUUCCUGUCCUUUCAGCAGACAGUACGCUCUUCUGAGAGACAGUGUUCAUUUUAUUUUUUUGAAAAAUGUUUGAUAUAUUUUAAUAAAAAGAGAUUUAUAACAAU